AUGCUGAUGAAAGGGCACAUCACAAUGAAUUCUAACGACCUGGUACAACAGAAGUACAUUUCUGAGGCUCUAAAGCGCCAGCAGCUGGAGUGGGAUGCAAAACCGGAGGCUUUGAAUACAAAUGCAAAUGGUCACAAUGAACGCCUCCAACACUUGAGCGAUGACCCGUGGAUCGAUUAUGCUUCAUUGAAGUCACCAAUUCAUUCCGGUGAUAAUGUCAAGUUCCUCGUCAUAGGUGCCGGUAUGGGCGGGAUUCUUAUGGCUGUUCGUUUGAUACAAGCGGGUUUUUCCGCGGCAGAUAUACGCAUUGUCGACCCUGCAGGCGGACCAGGUGGUACAUGGUAUUAUAACCGAUAUCCUGGGCUUUACUGUGACACCGAUAGCUAUCUGUAUUUGCCGCUUCUGGAAGCGACGGGGUACAUACCAUCACAAAAAUAUGUUUCAGGGGUAGAAAUACGGAAAUACAUUACUCAGAUUAUUGACAAAUGGGACUUGGGAGGCUCAUUUAUGUUUGCAUCCAAGGUGGAGAAAUUGGAAUGGGACACUACAACACACCUUUGGAAAGUCAAUCUGAGGGUCCAAAGAGGCCCAAAAAAUUACCAGGAUGUCACAAACGUUACUUUCAAUGUCCGAUUUCCAAUCGCUGCUUUGGGCAGAUUUCGCGGCGCACAAGUAGCCCGGGUUGAAGGUCUUGCCGAAUUUGGCGGCUCCUUGUUCCACACCGCACGUUGGGACUAUAGUACGACCGGAGGGUCACCAGAAGAAUCAGCUCCCCGAAUGGAUAAACUAAAAGAAAAAACUGUGGGUAUUAUUGGGACUGGUGCAACAGCUAUCCAGGUCGUACCGGAGUUAGCCAGGUACGCAAAAGAGCUGUUCGUCUUCCAACGAACCCCAGCCGCCGUUUAUGCUCGGAAUAAUCGAGUUACUAGUGACGAGGAUUGGAGUCGUAUUGCAAGUGGUGACAGUUGGCAGGAAGCCCGUCAAGACAACAUGAUGGGACACUUAACCAAUACCUUCCCUCCAGGAACAGAAGAUAUAGUGGGUGAUGAAUGGACGAGCAAGAGGGCAUAUUCAGCUGCUAUUGGAGGUCCCCGACCUGAAGGAGUUACGAGGGCAGAGCAUGUUCAGGAUUUAUAUGCAGAUUCAUUUCGUUUGGAUGCUGAAUCCAGAUCUCAACUACGGACUCGUGUAUCAAAUGUAGUCAAAGAUCGAAGCACAGCUGAGCAGCUUACACCAUGGUAUCCGGUGUGGUGCAAACGGCCAACAUUCAGCGAUACCUAUCUCCAGGCUUUCAAUGAGCCGCAUGUGCACCUAGUCGACACAGACGGCAAGGGCGUCCGGAGAGCCUCUAUGAAGGGCCUUGUAGUCGGAGAGACUGAAUAUCCGUUGGAUGUAUUAGUUUUGAGUACUGGCUAUGAAUCUCGUGUGUCCAGUCUCAACAUUGAGUCUGCCGGACACUUCACAGUGCUCGGCCGUGGUGGUCGUACGAUGACAGAAAAGUUUGAUGUCCAAGGUACAACUACGUUGCACGGAUGCUGCUCUAAUGAGUUCCCCAAUUUCUUUUGGAUCGGUGCCAGCCAGACGGCUGCCCCUGUAAGCUAUACGCAAUUAUCCGAGAUCAUGUGCCAACAUAUCUGCUACAUCAUAACGGAAGCGCACAAGCGGGCCGGCGACAAUGUCAAUUUCCUGAUUGAGCCUUCUAUAGACGCUGAAGAAGAUUGGAGUGUCAAGAUCAUGAACGGUGCAUUACGAUUUGCCGCGAUCACGGCCUGUACCCAAGGCACCCUCAACACCGCUAUUCUAGAUAUACAAAAUGAUAGUAUUUCUGAGGUAGUCAAAAAGCGAGCACUGCUUAACACCUGGGUGACCACCCGAUCCUACAUUGUCUCUUUUACUCCCACCCAGGCCGAUGUUUCUGUGUUCAAGGUCGUUACCACCGCGCCUGACCCUGCUAAGUACCCUCACGCCGCUAGAUGGUACAAGCAUAUCGCUUCGUACGAGUCUGAGUUCGCCACCUUGCCUGGCGAUCCGUUGAAGCCUUAUACAACCUAUGGACCUGAUAUCAUCGAAGAUAAGACCGCCGCCACCACUAGCGGUGAUAAUGACGAGGAGGAGGAAGAUCUAUUUGGUAGCGAUGAGGAGGAGGAGGACCCCGAAGCAAUUCGUCUUAGGGAAGAGCGUCUAGCUGCUUAUAAAGAAAAGAAAGCAGCUAAGCCCCAGCCUUCUGCUAAGUCCAUCGUUACGCUGGAAGUCAAGCCUUGGGAUGAUGAGACCGAUAUGGAUGCCCUAGAAGCAUCAGUUCGCAGCAUUGAAAAGGAUGGUCUAGUCUGGGGCGCUUCCAAAUUGGUCGCAGUCGGAUUCGGCAUUAAGAAACUACAGAUUAACCUCGUUGUCCAGGAUGAAAAGGUGUCAACCCUCGAUCUCCAGGAGGAGAUUGAAGGCUUCGAUGAAUACGUCCAGUCUUCGGAUGUUGUUGCCAUGUCGAAGCUGUAA